CCCCGCCGCACUCGCGCCUGCGCCUUGCGCAACGACCGGCCUCGAGCGCCCCGGCGGGAGGUUUUUCUGUAUGAGUGGAGAAGACAGUUGUUGCAAGUGGAAGUGACACAACAUUUUUUUAGGAUGUCUGAAGAUGAAGAAAAAGUGAAAUUACGCCGUCUUGAACCAGCUAUCCAGAAAUUCAUUAAGAUAGUAAUCCCAACAGACCUGGAGAGGUUAAGAAAGCACCAGAUAAAUAUUGAAAAGUAUCAAAGGUGCAGAAUCUGGGACAAGUUGCAUGAAGAGCAUAUCAAUGCAGGACGUACAGUCCAGCAACUCCGCUCCAAUAUCCGAGAAAUGGAGAAGCUUUGUUUGAAAGUUCAAAAGAGUGACCUAGUACUUCUGAAGAGAAUGAUAGAUCCUGUUAAAGAAGAAGCAUCAGCAGCAACAACAGAAUUUCUCCAGCUCCAUUUGGAAUCUGUAGAAGAACUUAAGAAACAAUUUAAUGAUGAAGAAAAUUUAUUACAGCCUCCUUUGACCAGAUCCAUGACUGUUGGUGGAGCAUUUCAUGCUACUACUGAAGCUGAAGCUAGUUCUCAGAGUUUAACUCAGAUAUAUGCAUUGCCUGAAAUUCCUCGAGAUCAAAAUGCUGCAGAAUCGUGGGAAACCUUAGAAGCGGACUUAAUUGAACUUAGCCAAUUGGUCACUGAUUUCUCUCUUCUAGUGAAUUCUCAGCAGGAGAAGAUUGACAGCAUUGCAGACCAUGUCAACAGUGCCGCUGUGAAUGUUGAAGAGGGAACCAAAAACUUGGGGAAGGCUGCAAAAUACAAGCUGGCAGCUCUGCCUGUGGCAGGUGCACUCAUCGGAGGCGUGGUGGGGGGUCCUAUUGGCCUCCUUGCAGGCUUCAAAGUGGCAGGAAUUGCAGCUGCACUUGGUGGUGGGGUGUUGGGCUUCACAGGUGGAAAAUUGAUACAAAGAAAGAAACAGAAAAUGAUGGAGAAGCUCACUUCCAGCUGUCCAGAUCUUCCCAGCCAAACUGACAAAAAAUGCAGUUAAAAACCAGACCUCAGUCUUGUUGGUGCCAACGUGUCUAUCCUAAUGAGGACCUUUGCUGCUGUUGGACACUCAGUCAGCUUUGGGAACACAGUAUAUCAAGGUAGUGGCUGUUGAUGCUCAAGUAGGAUUGAACUGUGAUAAGUGGAUCUAUUUUGUUUGCUGGGGUGUUAAUGGAGAUUUUGGAAACUGAGGAGCCUGGGCUGAGGGUGUUUAAUAUGUCAGGUAACGUCUGAAGACUGCCAUGGAGCAGAUUUUCUUGCCUGGAAAUGUGAAAACUGAAUCUAUAACUCUGAGAAGGACUUGAGAUGUAUAAAAGCAUCGGUUAUGGAAAACUAGUUUCUUCCAUAACCCUGAACUGGAGACCUGAAGGCUAAGUUUAUUUGUAGAUUUAGGCCUGUUAGUGAGAAUGAGAGUUUAGGAGCCUCUGUUGUCAGGGAAAUCGGGAGCUCAUGCGGAGAACAGGUGAACUACAUUAUGGAGUCCAUUUGGUGAAACGUACCACGGUCUGAUCCAACUAUAUUUUCUGGUAAAGAAAUUAAUAAUGUAAGAAAAUGGAAAGAGAGGCCCAACUUCCCUUUCAAAUAUCUUCACUUGUGACACCGACUUCUUUUCUGAACUCCUCCUCUGCAGAAUUUCAAGUGAUAGGAGACUCAUUAAGCUGGUCACCAAGCUUGCUCUGUCAGCCUGUCUCCCAACACCUCAAAGAUCUAGUGCCCUUGCUGUCCCUCCCUUGUAAUUUUAGAAAGUUCUUUGGUUUGUGGAGUGAAUUCUACCCAUGUGUGAUGAGGAACUUUCUCUAAUCUUUUUUGUCUUGUCUCCUAUCUCCAUUCAUUCCUUCCUGUAACCUCUAGGUAAAAA